GGUAUAGGGCCAACUGGCCAAUAUCUAUUUAUGGUUAAUAGUCUGUCAAGUGCCAGCCCUUUGUGUUUCUACAUGAGCUAGCCUUUAGAGGCCUGGUUGCAACUCUUGGCAACAGGUGAUGAAUUUAAACGAGCAAGUGUAGCGCUUGCAACUGAUGGUGGAGUCGAUGCCUGCAGAUCAGUCAGAGAGGAGGCACCAAAGAUGUGCUAAUUAAGAAAAAAAAUGUUAAAUAGGGGUCGGUCGUCCAGUUCGUUUUCCCAUAUAGCCCAAUGACAAAUGAAAGCGCAUAUCGAAGCCCACAAACCAGCACAUGCAUACGGGCCGGAGGCCACCCUUGUAACUAAGGUCGGCCCAUUUGUAGUGUACUAGUCCGCGAGAAGAACUGAAGAAGGCCGAGCGGCGGCGUCGACCGUCUUCAUCGGCCAUCCUUUGAGACCUUCCCACGCAGACGCAGCGCCUCUCUGCUUCAUCUUGCACCAUUCCCAAAUCCCAAACCAAACAAUCCUCUCGAUCCGGCAGCCACACCUCCUCGUGCCUGAACUCAUCUGAUCCGAGAUCCAAACCGCGGCAACAAUGGCGUCGAGUAGGCGCAGUUGGAGCGGCGACUGAAUCGAAACCCUCGGUGAUUCCAACAAUCGCGCCGCCGCGGACUCCAUCGGCAGCUUGCUCUCCUUCGCCCCGCCCAUCGAGAGAGGGUGGGAACUGGAUGGAAGGAGAUUCCGGCGGGCGUGGCGCUGUCCGAGGACGCCCUCGCGGCAAUCCUCCGCCGCCUCCCGCCGCGCAGCCUCGCGGCCUCGCGGUGCGUGUGCAAGGCGUGGCGCGCCGUCGUCGAUGGCCGCCGGCUGCUGCUCCCAGAGCUCCUGCCGCACUCGGUGCGCGGCAUCUUCCUCAUGUAUAAUGAUCUCGAUUACCCGGCCUUCCUCUCUCACCCCUCCUUGGAGCCGGAGGUCUUCGGCAAGCUUGACUUCCAUCGCGACACCGACCCCUACUGCUGGAGCUGGAGCACUGCCUCCGUCCUUGGUCACUGUAACGGCCUCCUGCUUUACGAGGACAAGCGAGGGCUCCAUGUGGUCAACCCAGCCACGCAGCGGCGGGCUCUCUUGCCCCCGCCCCCGCCCCCUCCCUUCGGCAGGCGCUUGUGGGGCUUCGAGCACCUUGUGUUUGAUCCCGCAGAGUCACCGCACUAUAACGUCUUGCUUGUUCCUGAGCAUCCGGGCAACGAGGAGGUAAGCGUUGAUCUGUGGCAGAAGGCGAGGGACGAGCCAUCCGUGGAAUGGCCAGCAUCGACAUGGGUGUUGUGUGUGUUCUCAUCAUGCACAGGGCAGUGGGAGGAGAGGGCGUUUACCCGGGAAGGCGAGGCUGCAGGGAUGGCUUCCGAUGAGGUAUUGCAGGGCGAUUCGUUCCAUCAAAGCUGCAGCGCUUAUUGGCGGGGUGUGUUCUAUGUGCAGUGCAAUGGUGGCGUAACUGUUAUGAGAAUAUCCUUGUCAAAUAAUAAGUAUGAGUUAUUAAGAUGCCAACUGAGAUUGGAAGAAAGAUGGACUAUUAUGACGUUUAUCUGGGACGAUCAAAGGAAGGGUUAUGUUGUGCAUCAUUUCACGAUUGGUACAAGCUUCGGGUUUGGAUCCUUGACGAUGACGAUUUGGGUGGUAAGAUGGAAUGGGUGUUGAAGCAUCACAUUGACAUUCACCAUAGUGUCUCACGUGUGAAGUUGUUCUGUGAAGAAAAUGAGGGACCCUGGAAGUUACAGGAUGCUAACUGUGGUGAAGAUUAUGGACAACAAAAUUUACAAGAUUCUAAUAACGAUGAAGAUGGCAGCAACAGUGCAGUAGUGAAGAGUAAGGUUGAAUGGGAUUCUGACAGUGAUGGCAUUGUUGACAAUGACAUUGUACAGAACUUCUCAGGAUUUAUUAAAAUCCUUGGAUUUCAUCCGUACAAAGAUGUCAUCUUCUUGGAUCUUUCACUUGACAGAGCAGUGGCAUAUCAUCUAAAUACCUCAAUGGUUCAAGAUCUGGGUAAAAUAUGCCCCUAUGAUUAUGGUGGUCCUGCGGCAUACAUAAAAUCGUCUUUUGUGUACACACCCUGUUUGAUGGGGGAGUUCCCAGAAAACAAAUCAGAAGCCCAUGUUGGGGGUUAGUUAGACUAGCUGAUUCAUUUCAAACAAUUUCAACCCUUAGGCCUAUGGUGGACAGGAGUUUCCCUGUUGUUUUAAUGUUUGCUAGAUUGACAAGACAAACUUGUUAUACAGCUUGUAGUGCUGAAGGACAUGUAAUAAGUGCUAUGCUCUUGCAAACUUCUUUUCUGAACUGAAUGUAGGGUGGCUUACUUGUACUUGAUUGCUUAGAAAAUCUGGUGCCUUUUUUUGUUAAUGUCAUAGUCAGAUGACAGAUCUUAGUAGUUC